AUGGAGAACCAGUGUCUUGCCAAGAAAGUUCCAGGUUUCUGCUCCUUUCGCUAUGGAUUGGCUGUCGUUUUGCACUUCUGUAACAUUGUCAUCAUGGCUCAGAGAGUGUGCCUGAACCUCACCAUGGUAGCCAUGGUGAACAGAACAGAGCCACCCCAUUUACCCAAUGGAUCUGCAGUGGAGAGACUGGAUGAUGGAAAGAACCCUGUGUAUUCUUGGAGUCUUGAUAUUCAAGGGCUUAUCCUCAGUUCUGUCUUCUUUGGUAUGGUCGUGGUUCAGAUUCCUGUUGGGUACCUAUCUGGACUAUAUCCAAUGAAGAGAAUACUUGGGUUUUCAAUGCUCCUCAGCUCUGUGCUAUCCAUGCUUAUCCCACCAGCAGCCCAAGCUGGAGCAGCUUUGGUCAUUGUGUGUCGAGUACUCCAGGGAGUAGCCCAGGGGACAGUAUCAACAGGCCAACAUGAAAUAUGGGUCAAAUGGGCACCUCCCUUAGAACGAGGCCGACUUACCUCCAUGACUUUAUCAGGAUUUGUAAUGGGACCAUUUAUUGUCCUUCUUGUGAGUGGAUUCAUCUGUGAUCUUCUGGGUUGGCCCAUGGUUUUCUACAUUUUCGGUAUUUUUGGUUGUAUCCUGAGUCUUUGCUGGUUCCUUCUGUUCUAUGAUGACCCCAAGGACCACCCGUAUAUGAGCAGCAGUGAGAAGGCUUACAUCACAUCCUCUCUUCCCCAGCAGGUCAGCUCGCGCAGAGAAUCUCUGCCAAUCAAAGCUAUGCUUAAGUCUCUUCCGCUCUGGGCUAUUAUCCUCAAUACCUUUGCUUUCAUAUGGUCCAACAGCCUUCUGGUUACGUACACUCCAACAUUUAUCAACACCGUGCUUCAUGUUAACAUUAGAGAGAAUGGGCUGCUGUCCAGUCUCUCCUAUCUGCUUGCUUACGUCUGUGGCAUCGUAGCAGGUCAGCUGGCAGACUUCCUCCUGUCCCGGAAGAUUUUCAGCGUAGCUAACGUGCGGAAACUCUUCUCUACGCUAGGGAUUCUCUCUCCUGUGAUCUUCAUCAUGUGCCUGCUCUACCUGAGCUCCAGCUUCUACAGCACCAUCAUCUUCCUGACACUCGCCAACUCGACACUGAGCUUUUCCUUCUGUGGACAGCACAUCAAUGCCUUGGAUAUUGCUCCCAGCUAUUAUGGGUUUAUUAAAGCAGUUUCAGCUCUAAUUGGAAUGAUUGGAGGCCUAAUUUCUUCAACUGUAGCUGGGUUGAUCCUUAAUCAGGAUCCAGAAAACGCAUGGCAUAAAAUCUUCUUCUUGAUGUCAGGCAUUAAUGUGACGUGCCUAACUUUCUACAAUGUGUUUGCUAAAGGAGAAAUUCAGGACUGGGCUAAAGAAACAAAAAACACACGACUGUGA